UCGAUAACAACAACUCUAAGAAGAAGGUUGGAAGUUUUAGUUUUAACAAAUACCAAAGAAACACAAAUAACAAAUGUUAACUUUUAAAUUCUAUUGUUUAACAAUAUUUAUCUGUUGUCUAUAUUGUUUACAAAAUGUACAAAGUGAUUUACAAAUUUCACCAGAAGAUAUGGAAUAUGCUGUCACACGUAUUUCGAGUAGACAAAGAGCUGUACAUUUGAAAAGUCCGCCAUAUUUUGGACAUGCAACCAAAUUUAAUUUACAAACUCUAAUUGAAGGAAAAUUCAAAACAAAACAACAACAGCCACAACAUGAUGUUGAGGACAUGCCACAAACUGCAGCACACAAUGAAGAAAUACUUAGUGGUAACACAAAUAACUACAAACUAAAUAAAAAAUAUGUUAACAAGAAAGUGGAGGCAAAUGCACAGUCAUCAACUUUAAGCCAACAACAUGAAAUUAAAUCAAAUGAAGGAGAUCUAGAGAAACGGGAACCAACGCAACAGCAGCUAGAAAAAGUAGAGGCGAAACCAGUAAUACAAAAUGUUGUUAAUCAACCACAUAAUCAUCAAAAUCAGCAACAUUUAACAGUCAAUCAAGUUGAAGUGAAGCAACAGCUGUUGCCGCCGACGCCGCAUCAUUUUAAAUUGUUAAAUGUGGUGAAUCAUAGAAAUAAACGACAGACUCAUGCUGGGAACAGCAAUAAUAACAAUAACAAUGGCAAUCAACAACAGCAGCAAUACUCCACAAUUACCAUUCAAUAUUAUCCACAGCAGCAGGAACGAACAGUCGUCGAAUACCAGCUGCAAGAACAGAAACCACAACAAUAUCAAUUACAAUACUAUCAACCAAGUCAGAGUCCCAACCAGCAACAAUUUCAACAAAAUUACAACAAUAUUGAACUAAUUGUAAAUGGAAAUAGUUUGUCAACAUUUCCACAAUCAACAACAGAAAUAAUGGCAGCUAUGACACUACCAAUCCCUUUACCAAUAGUAACAUCAACACCUAAACCCUUACCAGCAUUUACAACAUUAAUCACUAACUCUCCACUAUCUCCAGCUUUGUCUACUUCCUCAAUGGACAAUUCUAUUAAACCUCUCUUGCCUCUAGAAGUAAUUAAAGACGUAAAUGCCGACAAUACCACUCUACCUCCAGCCACUGUUUGUAAAAUAUGUUGUAUAACAAAUGAAUUUCCUUGCUCGAGCUGCUGUACACCUCUAUUAAAUGCUCAAACUUUAAAAACUUUGGGUGGUUAGUUUGCUCAUCUUUUGAAUCCAAUUGAAAUUCAUUUAAGAAUUGCAUUUAUGUAAAUUAGCUAAUAAGAUAUUCUAUAGUAUUUUUAAGAUAUUAGUCUUUUUAAGUAUUAAGUAAUCAUGAGAAUUUUGCUCACCUGUUUAAUAAAAUUAAUUUAAAGAAUUUUAACUUAAUAUCACAUUGUUUGCCAUACCCACUAAGCGGUGAUCGCCACCAAUAGAUAUAACGGGCCGAAAUCAACUGAUUACAUAUACAUAAGCAAUAUGAAAUAUAAUGAAUUAAAGUAAACAUUACAACAGCUUAAUAUUAAGAUUUAA